AUGGCACGAGCGCCCCAGAUCGUCUUCCGUAUCUUCUACAGCACCUCUUUUACCAUCGUCUUCUUAUUACUCAUCUGCUUCAUCUGCGUCACCCCAGCCGAUGCAAUCUACGAAUCCUAUAGGCGGCGCCGGACGCUUGAUAUCUUCUUGAUGAGCGGCGACUAUGUCGUUACCGCCCUGAUAGCAGUUCUCAUCUAUGCGUCACGCCUGUACACGAACCGGUCGAUUCUUAAAGAGAUCCCCAAGUCGUUUAUGCCAAUUGAGAAGGAGGAAUUACCCGAAAGGCGUGUCCACAAGUUAAUUCAAGAUUGUCUGGCGAAGAGUGCCGUCAUAGCAUAUCAGGCGCGGCCGAGGAGCACAAGGAUUGAGCAUGACACCCAGGUUGCGAGUGCGAGAGUGCUGGCCAUCUGCCAGUCGCGAGAAUGUACCGAUCCACACCUUAAGGAGAGAUGGGGACACAUCGAUCAUCCAGGCUGGUCAUCGCCUACCGCAAGGGAUACGCCAAACCUCGAAUAUGCUACAGUGGUGGACGAAUUGACAGACUUGAUUGAGGCAAAGGCCAUUAGUCUCGCUCCGGUCGAUCCACUGACUGAGCCAGGUCCAGAUGGGCUGCCACUACCUGACCCUCGAAUAAUAGACGAACUUUCAAGAGGCGAAACAGUGGGAAUGCGUGCUUAUCUACAACAUCUCAUUGAGAUAGGCGUUUUACCGGACAAUUCUUUGACCGUCGCAUUUCUUUCCAGCUACGAGCGCGCUCGGUUCUCUCCCGAGCCAAUCUCUGAGCAGGACUUUCAGGCACUAAUGCGCAUGUUUGCCGAGAUACUUCGGAGCAUGAGGCCUGUAGAUCUCGAUCUUCUGGACCUAGAGGCAUCGUCAUAUUAUUUUGAAUCCGAGAAAUCCAGUAUAAUUCACCACGGCAACCAUCAGCAGCACUACCAACAGCAUCGAGAAGGAGACAAAGCAUCCAUACCGUCUACCUUCUCCGAUUCCGGCUCCGUACGACGCAACCGUCCACCCCCGCACCGCAUCUCCGAAGAUUCGGUGCCUUCCAUGUCCUCCUUUGAAAGAGACAACGGCCACCCGCACCCCGACGGCGACCAAUCUCACGGCUCCUCACCGCCUCGUUCAGCCUCUCUCAACUCCGACGACGACGGCAAUGUCUCCGAUGACGAAGCGGACGGAAGCCAAGAGGGAGACGAAGACCACCUUUCCCUGCGUACGGCGCCAACCCACACACAGCGCUCCCUCUCACGUCCAAACCUACACGGCCACGCUUCCAGCUCGCGCUUUGUCUCUGCGCACUCGCGCCAGGGCCUCGGUCUCAGCCUACAGCCCACGCGCUCCCACAGCUCCAUGCGAUCCACCCACUCCGUCACCAGCAGGCGAAGCAGAAGCAGCAGCAAAUGGUCCACUGCAGCAAACAGCGUCAUCCGCCUCGCGAGGCCAGAGGAUGAGCCUGACGCGCGCGGCUUGCCGUACUUGCUCCAGCUUCCGAGGCAUGAUGAUGACUGA